CUUCACAAAACUUUAUUGACAAACAUCCAACCUGUCAUUCAGGUUCACAUGCGUAGAAUCAGAAGACAUUCACUUUGAAGUUUAACAUUACACGCAGAGCCAGCGCCAUUUGUUUUCCGACGUUCCAACAUCCGUUUAACGGCGUCAUGCUGUGAGUCGCUCCCGUGUCAUCCCUGGUCACAGUCUAUAUGAGAAGAUGCUCCUCCAGAAGUUGUGGUCCAGACUGGUAGCACAGCGCCCGGUAGGGAGGAAACCCUUCUGCAUCUGUGCCUCGGCCAGUCUCUCCCAGUCCGUCCAGCUUCACAAGUAUGAAUCCCAACCCAGGACUCCCUCUGGCCCAGGGAUCUCCAGGACCUGUUACUUUAACAUUCUACACCAACAGCAGACACAAAGGAGAAACGUGCUGCCAGCUCUAGGUGGAUGUAAAGGUUUCAACAACGCUCUGUUCGUUGACCCUGGGAUGCUUAACAAAUGUAGAAGUGGACAGAGUCGUUUUUAUUCAACGGACCUCGUGAAGUCGAUGUUAAAGCCGAGUAUUAAACCAGUGACGGUGCCUGUGAAGAGGAUUCCCAAAGGACCAAGGACAAAACAGCCCUCCAGAGCCAACCAGCCGUCUCUGAAGGAGGACAAGGACAUGCUGCGGUGUAUCGCCUAUGCAACAGCAGACCAGUAUCAUCUGCCGACACUUUGCCAUGACUUGAUAAGCCACGGCUUCCAAGAGGUAGAAUUACCGAGAGAUGCUUCAAAUGUGCUGGUUAUCAGCACAGACAAGGCUGCAAAACCAGAGGACAUCGCUCUCAUGUUCUUCUUCAGGGAAGGCUCAGUAGUUUACUGGAAUGUUGAGGAGAAGACGAUGAAAAGUGUAUUGAGGGUACUGGAGCGCCAUGAGAUCCAGCCUUAUGAAGUAGCAUUAGUUCACUGGGAGAAUGAAGAGAUCAACUACACUGUUAGCGAAGGAAACACAAAGCUUCAGAGCGGCAACUUUAUUCUAAAUGAUAGCAUUGAUCCACAUGAAGCGGUCUUGGAUAAAUUUGCAUUUUCAAAUGCGUUAUGCUUGUCAGUGAAGCUGGCCAUAUGGGAGGUGGCGUUAGACGACUUUGUGGAGUCAAUUCAGUCGAUUCCAGAGACGCUGAAGUCUGGCAAAAGAGUGAAGUUGUCCUCUGCGGAGGUCAUGCAGAAAAUAGGAGAGCUGUUCGCUUUAAAACACUGUAUAAACCUGAGGUCCGACCUGCUCCUCACACCGGAUUUCUACUGGGACAGAGAAAACCUGGAAAAACUGUACGAGAAGACCUGCAUGUUCCUCAGCAUCAACCGCAGGGUCAACGUUGUGAAUGAGAAGCUGGAACAUUGCUCCCAGUUGACAGACCUAAUGAGGAGCCACCUGAGCGAGAAGCACAGCUUGAGGCUGGAGUGGAUGAUCAUCAUCCUCAUCGCUAUAGAGGUGAUGUUUGAACUUGCAAAAAUGAUCUUCUGACCUGCUCCUCCAGUGCUGCACUAAUCUAAAAGAAGCACAAGAAGCUACAGAGGAAGAAAGCUGGACUAUACAAAGGUACACUGUCAGUGUUGAAGUGGAGCUGAACAUUUCUGAAUGUAAACUAUGGUUAUACAGUCCAACACAUUGUAGAUUAUAUACAUUUCCUGGGGCUCAACAGCGACAGUACAUAAACAAGAUGUUGGAAUAUAUUCAAAUUAAUCAAAUUUCAAACUCUAACUUGAGUGCUGUGUUAAAGAUACUACAUAAAUAAAAUGAUUAUUUGUUUUAAAUGUG